AUGUCUAUACAAGAUAACCUUAAAAUAUGUACGGUAUGUGCGUCUAAUCAAAAUAGAUCUAUGGAAGCUCAUAAACAAUUAAAAGAAUAUGGUUAUGACGUUCAUUCUUAUGGUACUGGUUCAAAAGUUAGAUUACCAGGUCCGUCAAUCGAUAAACCAAAUGUUUAUGAUUUUGGUACACCUUAUGAAAAAAUGAUUGAAGAUUUAAUAAGUCAAAAAAAUAAUAAAGAUUUAUAUAUACAAAAUGGUUUGCUUGCAAUGUUAGAUAGAAAUAAAAGAAUUAAAGAUGCUCCCGAAAAAUGGGAAUUUAAUGCAAUUGAUGGUAAAUUUGAUUUAGUUAUUACUUGUGAAGAAAGAUGUUUUGAUUCAGUAGUUGAAGAUUUAAUGUUUAGAAUGUAUUCAAAUACAGCUGAUGGUGCAAAUGAUAAUAAACAAAUUGUACAUAUAAUAAAUGUUGAUAUAAAAGAUGAUAAUGAAAAUGCAAUAAUUGGAGGUAAAGGUAUAUUAAAAUUAGUUAAUAUGAUUGAUGAUUUUAAAAAGAAACAAUUACUUGAAAGAGAAAAUGAUGAAGUUGAAGAUAAAUCUGAUAUUUUAUUAGAAGAUCAAAUGAUGAAUAUUUUAACUGAAUGGCAAAAGGAUCAUAUUCAUUUACAAACUUUAUAUACUGUUUCAUAUUAUUAG